CCGGCACUCAUUACAAACGUGAUCUUCACGCUUUUUCAAUUUGAUUUUUUUCAAUUCUCUGAUAAAUAUAAAUAAGACUUUCUCGGUAUUACCACAAUGCAGUGUAUCAGUUAUGAAAAGCUUAAGCAAAUCUCGUGUGAUUCUUCCUUUUUUGAAUGCCUCAUAUUAUCACAAUCUGGCAGUCCUCAAAACCGAACCCCAAAAUGACAACUGCAACGGAGCCGGUGAAAAACCAUCUACAAAUACUGAACCACAUGAAGAGUACCAGUAUUUGAACCACAUCAAAACCAUUUUAACAAAAGGCAUUAAAACCAAUGACCGCACUGGAGUGGGUACCUUUUCAAUUUUUGGGGCCCAAAUGCGGUACUCGUUACGCGACAACAUUUUCCCAUUGCUAACCACAAAACGAGUAUUUUGGAGAGGGGUUGUUGAAGAACUAUUAUGGUUCAUCCGAGGUAGUACUAAUGCAUUUGAACUAAAAGACAAAGGCAUUCACAUUUGGGAUGCAAAUAGUACUAGAGAGUUUUUGGACUCUGUAGGCCUUAAAAACAGAGAAGAAGGUGAUUUAGGCCCAGUAUACGGCUUCCAAUGGAGACACUUUGGGGCCGAAUACACCGACAUGCAUGCAAACUACAAAAAUAAAGGCAUUGAUCAAUUGGCUCAUGUAAUCAACACAAUAAAAACAAGGCCUUCAGAUAGAAGAAUGAUUAUGUGCGCAUGGAAUCCUGUUGAUAUACCCGAAAUGGCUUUGCCCCCUUGUCAUUGUUUGGUGCAGUUUUAUGUGGCAAAUGGUGAAUUGUCUUGUCAGUUGUAUCAGAGGAGUGCUGAUAUGGGGCUGGGGGUGCCUUUUAAUAUUGCCAGCUAUGCUUUGUUCACUUGUAUGAUUGCUCAUGUGACUAAUCUUAAACCUGGUGAAUUUAUCCAUUCUUUGGGUGAUAGUCAUGUUUACUUGAACCAUGUAGAAGCCCUUAAUGAGCAACUAACCAGAAAACCAAAGCCCUUUCCAAAAUUGCUGAUCAAACACAAAGUUGAGAACAUUGAGGAUUUUACUGCAGAUGAUUUUGAAUUGAUUGGCUACAAUCCUCAUCCUAAGUUGGCCAUGCAAAUGGCAGUUUGAGGAUUUUAUGUAUUAUUAAUUGAUUUUUAUAAUUUAUUAUUAUUAUUUGGUUUGAUUUCUUGGAAUGCGGUGUAUGAUGUUUUGACUGUGAAUAUUAAGCUAAAAUAUCUCGGGUCAAAGUUGAGUUUACUCAUAUUUUAUUCUUAAUUUUUACUUAAAAUCAUAUGCUGAUAACAAUGGAAAAUAUAUUUUAUUCAAUAGGUUUUAUAAUUCAGAAAUACAGUUGGCCAGUUGAAAGAUCAUUAAGGCCUCUUGUACAGUGUAAAAUAGGCCACAGUCACCAGGGCCGUAUCUAGACCAAAAUUUUGGGGGGGGGGGGUUAGACAAAGUGACAAAAAAAAAUUGUUACACUAGUAAUAAAAAUAAAAAAAUUAAAUAAGUAUUUAAUAAGUGUUGUUUGUUUUUAAGUCAAAUUUUUUGAAUUUUAUUAUUUUUUGGGGGGGGUUUGAACCCACAAAACCCCCCCCUAGAUACGGCCCUGACAGUCACUAGCAAUAUCUAAUGACAAUGAUAACUUUUUUUGAAUAGAAUUUUCUGCCUAGAGAUGGAAAGGAAUAAAAAUUGUCAAUUCUAUAGGAAAGUAAAAGUUGUUUUGAACAAUUUAUAAAAAUAAGUAAUUUAUAAACUGUCCUGACUGAAUUAGAGUUAGCAUCACCUGUUUAAUUUAUUAGGUUUGUCAUAAGCAAUGGUCAUAGGUGAUAAAGGUAUAAUCACCUUUCGUUAAGUUCAAAGUAAAAAAUACAUAAUAGGUUUGUUCAGACUUAUAGUAAACCUAUUUUGUAUUUUGUUGCCAUGAAAUACUAGUUAGAAAAGAGAUUACAAUGAUUACAUAUUGUUCCUUUGUAUGGGCGCUUUCUUUUAUUCAGCAAUGGAUCCAUCAAUGACCAGUUUAUCUUUGUCUAGUUUAUAGAAAAUCGGAAUGACUGUCUCACAAUGCUGACUAGACUAGACUUUAUUCGCUUACAGGGGGGCUCACCUAAAAAAAAAUAACUUAGCAGCAAGAAAAUUGUUCAUGUACCUUGAAUACACUGAAACAAAAUUACAAAUUAAAGUUGAUAAGUAACAUAGGAAAGCGUAUUAUAAAUCAUCAAACUCUUCAAUUAUUUCAUGGUGUAUCUAAUUACAAACCAAGUAAAUGUGGAAAAUGGAGGCCCGUCUUUGAGUUUGGCCACAGUUUUUUUCCGAUCUAUCACCUCUUCUUGUCCGAGUACAUUCAAAAUUUUCACGCAUUUUUCUUAGGAAAAUAGUAAAAAUGAAUAGUUCUGUCUGCAUCUUUUCGGGAAUGGCAUUCGUAUACACAGCAGUUUUUGUUGUGCUGGAACUUUGAGGCAGAUGCUAUCGAAUUCCUGUAAUAAAGCUAAGGCACCUCACAGAAUCACAAUAAAAGCUUUCCCUUGAUUAUUUCCCAAUUUUCGACACAAAACACGUCGUAAUUUAAAUUAGGAACGAACAGAAAACAUCGAAAAAGCAAGAAAAUAUUCCAAUUCAAUAUGUAAACAAUUAGUAUAUUAUGCAAUGAUCAUGUAAUGAUAGCCAUUAAUACACGAGCAUGUUGUAGGAUACGAAACGAGCCGCAGGCGAGUUUUGUAUAUAACAUGCGAGUGUAUUAAUGGCCAUUACAUGAGAAUUGCAUACACUAUUUUUUCUACUGCCAUUGAUAAAAUUUAUGAUUUUUAGAUAUGUCAACAUUAUGCUUAACUUUGAAUAGAGAUUUUAUUAUUGAGUAAUGCGUCCAUACAGAUGCGGGUUCCAUUUUUUGUUGUUAUUCUUCA